AUGCAAAACCAGAGCUUUGUCAAUGAGUUCAUACUCCUGGGGCUUUCACAAAACCCGCAAAUUGAGAAAAUAUCAUUUGCUAUAUUUUUAUUGGUCUAUCUUGCAACUCUUGUGGGCAACAUGAUGGUUGUGGUGACCAUAUUCUACAGUCCUGUGCUGCUCGGCUCCCCCAUGUACUUCUUCUUGGCAUUCUUAUCCUUCCUAGAUGCCUGUGUCUCUUCUGUUGUCACACCAAAGAUGAUCAUAGACUUGUUUUAUGAGAAGAAGACCAUCUCUUUUGAAUGUUGUAUGACCCAGGUUUUUGCUGUGCACUUCCUUACUGCAGUGGAGGUGAUUGUACUGGCAGCCAUGGCCUAUGAUCGCUAUGUGGCCAUUUGCAAACCCUCGCACUACUCUUUCAUCAUGAACAGGAGGCUCUGUGGCAUUCUGGUGUGCGUGGCCUGGGCUGGAGGAUUCUUGCAUUCUAUCAUACAAAUUGCCUUCACUUUGCAGCUGCCCUUUUGUGGGCCCAAUAUCAUUGAUCAUUUCAUAUGUGACUUGUUCCCAUUGCUGAAGCUUGCCUGCACUGACACACACAUGUUUUUCAUUUUGGUGUUUGCUAACAGUGGCUCAAUCUGCAUAGUUAUUUUCUCCUAUUUGCUUGUUUCUUAUGGUGGCAUCUUGUUCUCUCUGAGAGCCCAUAGCUCUGAAAGGCGGUAUAAAGCUCUGUCCACUUGUGGAUCCCAUAUUACUGUUGUAGUUUGUUUCUUUGUCCCUUGUAUAUUAAUAUACAUACGAUCUACAUCUGCAUUCUCUUUCUAG